AAAAGCUUCUGACAUAGUAUAUUUUUAUGUUCAACAAUUCAGCAUAACUCAAACACAAUGGUACUCGCAACCAACUCUGACUCCGACGAGCAUUUGCAUUCCACUUUUGCUUCUAGAUAUGUCCGUGCUGUUGUUCCCAGGUUCAAGAUGCCUGACCAUUGCAUGCCCAAAGAUGCUGCUUAUCAAGUGAUCAAUGAUGAGUUGAUGCUUGAUGGUAAUCCCAGGCUUAACCUAGCCUCCUUUGUCACCACUUGGAUGGAACCUGAGUGUGACAAACUCAUCAUGGAUUCUGUCAAUAAGAACUAUGUUGAUAUGGAUGAAUAUCCUGUCACCACUGAGCUCCAGAACCGGUGUGUAAAUAUGAUAGCAAACUUGUUCCAUGCUCCCGUUGGAGAAGACGAGGCUGCUAUUGGGUGUGGAACUGUUGGUUCAUCUGAGGCUAUAAUGCUUGCUGGUUUGGCUUUCAAAAGGAAAUGGCAACAUAGGAGAAAAGCUCAGGGUCUACCUAUUGAUAAGCCUAACAUUGUCACUGGAGCCAAUGUUCAGGUGUGCUGGGAGAAGUUUGCAAGGUACUUUGAGGUAGAGCUCAAAGAGGUGAAACUAAGUGAAGACUACUAUGUUAUGGAUCCAGCUAAAGCUGUAGAGAUGGUGGAUGAGAAUACCAUCUGUGUUGCAGCAAUUCUAGGAUCCACACUUACUGGAGAGUUUGAGGACGUUAAGCAAUUGAACGAUCUCUUAGCUGAGAAAAACGCAGAGACAGGAUGGGAAACUCCUAUUCAUGUUGAUGCAGCCAGUGGAGGAUUCAUUGCUCCUUUCCUCUACCCUGAUCUUGAAUGGGACUUUAGGCUUCCAUGGGUGAAGAGUAUUAACGUCAGUGGUCACAAGUAUGGACUUGUGUAUGCAGGAGUUGGUUGGGUUGUCUGGAGAACAAAAGAUGAUUUGCCAGAGGAACUUGUCUUCCACAUCAACUACUUGGGAGCUGAUCAACCCACUUUCACUCUCAACUUCUCAAAAGGGUCGAGCCAAAUCAUUGCUCAGUACUAUCAGUUUAUCCGACUAGGCUUUGAGGGAUACAAGAACAUAAUGGAAAACUGCAUGGAUAACGCAAGGAGGCUAAGAGAAGGAAUAGAGAUGACAGGGAAGUUCAACAUUGUGUCCAAAGAUAUUGGCGUGCCACUAGUGGCAUUCUCUCUCAAAGACAGUAGCAAGCACACGGUGUUUGAGAUCGCAGAGUCUUUGAGAAAAUUCGGGUGGAUCAUACCGGCUUACACUAUGCCUGCAGAUGCACAGCACAUUGCUGUGCUCAGAGUUGUGAUAAGAGAAGACUUUAGCCGAGGCCUUGCAGAUAGACUCAUCACACAUAUCAUUCAGGUGCUGAAAGAGAUUGAAGGGCUUCCUAGCAGGAUUGCACAUCUUGCUGCGGCUGCAGCGGUUAGUGGUGAUGAUGAAGAAGUUAAAGUGAAGACUGCCAAGAUGUCCUUGGAGGAUAUCACUAAGUAUUGGAAACGCCUUGUGGAACACAAGAGAAAUAUUGUCUGCUAAGCGCAAGUCUUAUUCUUUGCACUUAUAUGGUAAUAAGGUUUUGAUUUAGACCAUUUGGCGGUAAUAAGGUUUUAAUUUUUUCUUGAUAUUUUAUUUAUAUUGAUGGUAUAACAAAAUAUAUUUCAGAAAGAGUGGCUUGUCAUUAGUACUAGUAGUUGUAGGAUUG